AUAGGCUGGGGAUAUGCGGCUCUACUUUCCACUGCCGAGAUUUCGCAACUAAAGCCAAAAAGAAGACCAAGUCAAGUGGAACUGACUCCGGCGACGAGAAUAUGUCAAAGAAAGACUUGGCUUUGCAUCAGGCCAUUGAUCAAAUAACAUCUUCGUUUGGGAAGGGAGCAAUAAUGUGGCUUGGUCGCACUGAAGGUCAUAGAGAAGUACCUGUGGUGUCUACUGGCUCUUUCUCUUUGGAUAUGGCACUAGGGAUCGGUGGGCUUCCAAAGGGACGCGUUGUAGAGGUUUAUGGACCAGAGGCUUCAGGGAAGACAACACUCGCUCUCCAUGUUAUUGCUGAAGCACAAAAGCAUGCCAGUGGCGGUUACUGUGCAUUUGUAGAUGCAGAGCAUGCUUUGGAUCCAUCUCUGGCAGAGGCAAUUGGUGUUGAUACCAGUAAUUUACUUCUCUCUCAGCCAGACUCUGCUGAGCAGGCACUCAGUCUUGUGGACACACUGAUUCGAAGUGGCUCUGUUGAUGUUGUAGUUGUUGACAGUGUAGCAGCUCUUGUCCCUAAGACUGAGCUUGAUGGAGAGAUGGGUGAUGCACAUGUUGCUCUCCAGGCUAGGCUGAUGAGCCAAGCUCUUCGAAAGCUGAGCCAUUCUCUUUCACUGUCCCAGACAAUAUUGUUAUUUAUUAAUCAGAUCAGGGCUACAGUACAGACGUUUGGAUUUGGAGGACCAAAAGAGGUCACUUCUGGUGGUAAUGCCCUCAAGUUUUAUGCCUCUGUUCGACUGAACAUCAGGCGUGUUGGUUUGGUAAAGAAAGGGGAAGAGACUAUAGGAAGUCAGGUUAGUGUGAAGAUUGUGAAAAACAAGCAUGCCCCACCAUUCAGGACAGCGCAAUUUGAUCUGGAAUUUGGAAAAGGAAUAUGCCGCAGCUCAGAGCUCUUUGAGCUCGGGUUAAAGCACAAGCUCAUUAAAAAGACUGGGGGUGCAUAUUAUUCUUUCAACGAACAGCAAUUCCAAGGUAAAGAUAACCUUAAAUCUUUCCUUACUGCAAACGAGAGUGUCGCGAAAGAGCUUGAGGCAGAGUUAAGGAGGUUGAUUGAAGCGGAACCGCCUAAGAAGCAUGAGGCUGAAGACGAUCUGCUGGACGAUUUUCCUGAAGAGAUUGUUAGACCCGAGACAUCAUCAGAAGAGGACCUGGCAGCUGUAAUCGAAGCUUAGUCUGCUAGGAACUGUACCUGCGGAGCAAUUAUUCACUGAUAUUUUGGAUGUCGGAACAUUCAGUUCUUACUGUGCCGUGAAAUGAGGAAGGAUCCUCCCCGAGGCUAAGUUAUGACGGUGGUUUAGACUUUAGACAUUUGGAGGGGAAAUGAUUCAGUAGCAUGUAAUCGUGUAUAUAUGUUGCAUAUCUUGACGAUUCCUCUUGUCUAA